AUGAUAUGUCGUGAACCAGUGGAUGGUUUAUAUGUUAUACCGAGUGCAUCAAAUCCUCAUGAAUGGUUCGGUUUAUUAUUCAUUCGGCGUGGUGUUUAUUUUGGUGCGGUGCUUAGAUUCAUUUUAAUUAUUCCUCAAGAUUUCCCGUCAUCUACUGUUCCGACUGUAAAAUUCAACCAAAAAGUAUUUCAUCCGCAUAUCGAUCCAAAUACCAAUGAAUUAGAUUUGAAUCGUUUCUUUCCAAAUGGGUGGAAGCCUGAAAAUCAUCAUAUAUAUCAUCUUUUACUUAUAUUGCAGCGAACAUUUUUCAAUUUCGAUGUUAAACCAUCUUCUUGUAUAAAUAAAGAAGCAGCUUUCAUGCUAUAUAACGAUAAAGAAGCGUUCAAGAACAACGUUAAAGAUGUGAUUAAUUUAUCACCAUGGGAUGCAUCCGUGCAUGAACCCAUACGUGAGUGGCUUGUUGGUAGUACAUUAAAUGAAAAUCAAACAAGUAUGACGUCAUCAAGACUUGGAGCUUGCUCUAUUUUUAGUAAUGUUGCGCGUGAUUCUGGCUCUAAAGUUGGAUUUUCAUGGGUUUCACCUACCGAUUUAAUAUAUAUGGUGGAAAGGCCUAAUGAUUUUAAAUAUAUUAGUAGGGUAAGUAAAAUUAUUUUUCCACUUAUUUUAUUAUCAUAA